ACAGACUCCAGUAAGUCUGACUCGAGGAGGCACUUGAGGGAUGCCAGGGCUCGCCCAUGGCUGAUCAAUAGUGUCCUCCGAGGACGGUCAACGACUGAACUUUCUUCUGGUCUGGCAGAGAGCAAGGAUGCCCCUAAGCUCUCUGUUGGUAUCAUCGUGACAGCUGUUCCGGCGUCACUCUCUUCAGAAUCUGUCUCAGGUUCGUCGGAGAAGCAGUCUGGGCAAAAGCCAGGAAAGGGCCCCAAAGCUGUAGCGAAGGUGAAAGCCCUAGCAAGAUCAGCGGGAUCUAAGAUUCCAGUCUGGGUCGGCCUUUCUUGCGCUUUUUCCCGUUGUUCUCUCCAGGCCUCUGACAGUGAAGAGAGAACGACAAAGGACACGACUGCCGCUCAUCCUAAGGUCACGAAGGAUACACCGGCGUCCCGACUCCCAGUUCGUGUCUGGAGAUCGAUUGCUGCGCGUCGGCCUACCACUUGGCAGGUACGAUGCAGCAACACUUCAGGCACUCAUGUUGCGGUGUCUAAGGACAAAGGUGCAGGCAGGACCCAGCAGAAGCUGUCAUCGGCUGCUGCGCGGAACCAGGGUAGUAUCGGCAAGGAGCCGCUCAGGGGUUCUCGUGAAGGGGUCAAACCCAGAUCGAUCCUGAAGCACCGAGCUGAAGACCAAGGCGACGCAAAGCCCGCACCUCUGACUUCUCUUGGCCAAGGAGUGAAAUCCGAACCCAAGAAGAAAGUCAUGUGGCAAGAGAAGCUGAUCACGGCUUAUCUUCCCAGCCCUGGGUGGCCUCCCCGUGCCUUCACGUGCAAGCGUUGCCGAGGGAUUCGUUAUUGGGACGAGGGGAAGAAAAAGUACGAGCUGCACGAGGGCUCGCCGUGCUGGUGUCCAGAGGCGGAGACUGAGGCUUCUGCCUUACAGCGCUCACUCCAGGAUUGGUUGAAAGAUCAACUUGCGCUUGGGUAUGACAAUGUCAGUAACCCAGUCGGAUAUUGUACGGUGGCGGAGGGCGAGCUACAUUUUGAGCCGCUCAUUCCUGAA